GGCAAAACAUGGAAUCUGGCCAGGGGUAUAGGCUUUCCAGGUCUGUGUGCUCGCCCCUGCUCCCAGUAAUACAAUAGGCGGGAGUUCCGUUUUGUUAAUUUGGUUUGUAUCGUAUGUUUCCGUUUAUGAGAACACCCUGCGGGUGUAUACAUUGCGGCGUUCCCCCGUUCGGUGCGAUGCGUCUGGCGACUUCACUUCUGACGGUACCCGCGCUAUGUUUCCAGCCUGCUUCAAAUUGAAUAGCCAUGUGAAUUACAAUGAACAUCAACUCUACUGAUGGAAAGGCUGUGGGACCUGACAACGAAGAGGAAAACGGAGCGACCAUAGUAGCGGAGUCCAUUGCUAUAAUAAUUAUUGAUAUUCUAAUAUGUUUGGGAAACCUUGUCAUAGUGGUUACCCUAUACAAGAAAUCCUAUCUGCUCUCACUUAGCAAUAAGUUUGUGUUUAGUCUGACGCUUUCCAACCUCCUCCUUUCUAUGUUAGUCCUGCCGUUUGUAAUUGUUAGCUCAAUAUUGAGAGAAUGGAUUUUUGGAGUAGUUUGGUGCAAUUUUUCUGCGUUACUUUACAUGUUGAUCAGUUCCGCAAGCAUGCUUACUUUAGGGAUUAUAGCUAUUGAUCGGUAUUAUGCUGUUCUCUAUCCAAUGGUUUACCCUAUGAAGAUUACUGGGAACCGGGCGGUUCUGGCUAUUGCAUAUGUUUGGCUGCAUUCGCUUAUAGGCUGUCUCCCUCCUCUCUUUGGAUGGUCCUCCUUAGAAUUUGAUAACUUUAAAUGGAUGUGUGUAGCCGCUUGGCACAAAGAAGCUGGAUACACUGCCUUUUGGCAAAUAUGGUGUGCUUUUUUACCAUUCAUCGUUAUGAUGAUUUGCUACGGCUUUAUAUUCCGUGUGGCUAGAAUAAAAGCUCGCAAAAUUCACUGUGGAACUGUUGUGAUUAUCCAAGACGUCUCCCAAAAGAAUGGGAGAAAAAAUUCAAGUACUUCUACUUCUUCAUCGGGAAGCAGAAAGAAUGGCUUUUCAAGUAUUGUUUAUUCAGCCAACCAGUGCAAAGCUUUCAUAACCAUUUUGGUUGUCAUUGGUGCUUUUGUCCUUACCUGGGGUCCGUACAUGAUUGUUAUAAGCACUGAGGCCUUAUGGGGGAAAAACAGUGUUUCUCCGGUCCUGGAGACUUUAGCGACCUGGCUGUCGUUUACAAGUGCAAUCUGCCAUCCGCUCAUUUACGGACUGUGGAAUAAAACUGUCCGGAAAGAACUCCUUAGCAUGUGCUUUGGGAAUCGGUACCGAGAUCCGUUUCAUCAGCCUAGAACUUCAAGAAUGUUCAGCAUCUCCAAUAGAAUAACAGACCUUGGGUUACCUCCUCACCUCUCUGCUCUGAUAGCAAAUGGGAAGGUUUCCGAUCAUCAGAGCACAACCACAAACACUGGCUUUAGCUACUCAAACGAUUCAGGUACUGAUGUAAUGCUGCUUGAAGACUGCAGUUCAGAUGGUACUCAACAGCCUCGAGCUUUCUAUUCCAGGAGAAAGAGUUCUGUGACGUUUGAAGAUGAAGUGGAGCAGAAAUGUGAUGUUCACCCAGUGCCGACAGAAAAAAGCAUUUCUGAUUGUCCCCUGGAAUCGUAUGCGUCUUGUUUAGCUAAAGCCAUUGAAAUGGAUGCUAAAAUCAGUCUGUUUGGAAAAGAAGCAGCACAUGUUUCUUCAGCGUUUCCGGCUACAUCAGGAAAUACUGGCGUGCUUAAAACUGGCAGAAAUCACGUGAUCCAAAAGCCCAUAUUGCAAAGCAUUGAUGAAGUAAACCUAUAAACACAAUGUGUUCUGUUAACAUAGUAUACGUAACAGCGGUACAAUUUAGUACGAGUUUAAAGUAUUUUUUUCUUAUGCAAAGCAUAAAUAGGUAUUUGUAGGUGAACACGUUUACCUACCUGCUCCCAAAACCACUUUUGCGGUCCUCAUUGGUGCCACUGAUGUCUUCAUGGCAUUAACUUUAAUAUUGAGUGUUGGUUUUGUGCCUUAUGUUUAUUAUAGUGUUACAUCCAUAUCGCUACAAGUAGUAUUGAAUAACUGAGUGUUUACAGCAUUCUGCAAUAUAAUGCAUUGCCCACCUUCUGGUACUCGGACUUUAGUGUUUAUAGGAAAGUUUAAUGAAUUCAGUACUAUGUACUGCUUUUAAUUGCUAGAAAAUUCAAAUAUAAUCUUGACAAGCACAAAAGGAAUGGCGGAUUUUGCAAUGGAGACUGCCAUAAUGCAGGCAUCUGUUAACUUAUUUAUUUUAGUUUGUUUCCACAAAAUGUUAUUGGACCACAGAAUUUCCUCUCACAUUUCAGUUCUUGUACGUAUAAGUGAAAGUGGCAAUGUUAAACUUCCACGUCUUUUAACGUUAUGUAUUAGUUGUUCUGCAUGCAUAUAUUAUACUAUUUUUAAACGUGUGUAACUUGGGUAUAUUUUCUUUUAUAAGCCUUUUGUAAAUAUGUGCACAUUUUUUGUACUUUUUUUUUAUUAUAAAUUCAAUAGUUUGAAUACCUUUUGUAUGAGUUAUUUUUUCAUACUAGGCAAUGUAAUAUAAUAUCGCAUGAUCUGUAAUAGAUUUUCAAAUAUUA